AUGACCGUAACGUCUUCUACCACUGUCGAGCGACGCAAGCUUCAAGGCUACGACUUCUACCGCGAAGUACUCGGGAGCCCGAAGUAUAUCGGUGCGCCGAUGGUGGAUCAGAGUGAACUGGCCUGGCGAAAGCUUUCAAGACGAUAUGGUGUUCAGGUAGCCUACACGCCCAUGAUCAAUGCCAAAAUGUUCUCCAUGAACAACCGAAAACCAUACCGAGAACUCGCGUUUAAUACUGUCCUUGGUGAAGAAGGUGGCCCAGGCGACCGCCCAUUGAUCGUCCAAUUCUGUGCCAACGACCCCGAACAACUCCUUACAUCCGCCAAGGUUCUUGAGUCCCAUUGUGACGCUAUCGACAUCAACCUCGGUUGUCCGCAAGACAUUGCUAAGAAGGGGCGGUAUGGAAGUUUCUUGCAGGACGAAUGGGAUUUGAUCUUUAAAAUGAUCAAUACACUUCACGAGAACCUCUCGAUACCUGUGACAGCCAAGUUUCGCGUCUUUCCUUCCCUCGAGAAGACUGUGGAAUACGCGAAAAUGCUUGAACGUGCCGGAGCUCAGAUUUUGACAUGUCAUGGUCGGACUCGAGAGCAGCGCGGUCAUCAUAGUGGCCUCGCAGAUUGGGCGAAAAUCCGCGCAGUCAAAGAGGCCGUCAAGGUUCCUGUAUUUGCAAACGGCAAUAUCCUGUUCCACUCUGACAUCGCUAGAUGUCUCGAAGAGACAGGCGCAGACGGAGUGAUGUCUGCUGAGGGACAGCUCUAUAACGCAGCUCUAUUCGCGCCCGCCAUUCCUCUUACACUCCACACAUCGGAGCCUGAAUCAUCAGACUCCCCUCCUUCUGCUGAACCAUCUCCAUCCAGCCCUUCGUCUCCACCCGUAUUCGACACCGGACUCCAUCCCAUACACACCACACUCGCAUUCCAAUAUCUCGACAUCGUGAAAACCCAGAAGACACCUACCGCACCCAGCGCCAUCAAGGGUCACCUUUUCAAGAUCCUCCGACCCGCCCUGAAUCGAGAAAAGGAUUUGAGGGAGAGACUAGGUAGAAUAAUCGGAAAGGACCAAUUUUCCGUCUACCACGCAAUCGUAGAGGAGCUGCAUGUGCGAAUGGUACGGGACGUGAAGGAGGCCCUGGGUGAGGCCCUGGGUGAGCGAUAUCUGAAGAUUCAAAGUGGCGAAGCUGGCACGGGCAUUGAGAGCUUGAACGACGAUGAUCUGCGAAUAUUGGGUGACCUGGUGGCAACAGAUGCCUCCACCAGCCUGAAAACACUACCCCAUUGGGUCGCGCAGCCUUACUUCCGCCCUCCGCCGAAACCAGCAGCGAUUCCAACGGAAGAGCAAAAUCUCGAGACCCCCGUCGAAGAUCCUACAAUGGUUCUCGGUUCACAGGCGGCGGAUGACAACAGAGCUGCUCCCAUCAAACGACCACAUUCAGAACGCACACCUGAAGGUGACGGUGCGAAGGGCGUGGAAGAUUUGAAGAGGAUGAAACUGGACUUGGAUGACAGUGUCGAAGGACUUGUUGGUACGGGAGGUGUAGUCUGCGGAUAG